AUGGCGGGAGGUAGCAAAGGCUGCGAUGAGAGCUCUGCAGAUCAGCUGCUGCUGUCCGGCGGCCAGGCCGGGGACGACGGGGAGGAUGAUGCUGGUGGCGCCGACGUGCCUCGCGCCGGUCAUGACGGGAGCCAAGCAAUAGCAGCACGGUGGAGCUGGAUGAAGUCGGCGGGGACAGCGGCAGGAAGCUGGCCGCCGGCGCCUCGCCGACCUCGGUGCGGCCCUACGUCCGGUCAAGAACCCCCACCUCCGCUGGACGCCGGAGCUCCACCUCUGCUUCCUCCGCGCCGUCGACAGGCUCGGCGGCCAAGACCGUGCAACUCCAAAGCUCGUUCUUCAACUGAUGAACGUUGA